GAUAGGUAGAGAUAGGAAGGAAGGAAGGCCUGUGUUCCUGAGCAGGUGGAUUUUCCUAGUGUCUGACCUUUUUAAAAAAAGGUUUCCUUGAGACUCUGGGGACUGUGUUACGGAAGGUCGCUAUUUUGGGAGGGAAUGGACAUUAAUUUGUGUUCGCUCUUAAUUGUCCGUGACGUGCGCUUCGGGUUUCAUUGCAUUAUUCCAAGCUCCUUAUUUCGGCCGCUUCUCCAGACCUCUGACCUUCCUCUCUGGCUGCUCCCAUUCUAGGUGGAGGGCGGCAGCAACGGCAGCGGCGGCAGCAGCAGCAGCAGCGGUGGCAAUGUUGGGACGAGAGCCUCUGUGGGCAGAGAGCGCUUGAAGAGGAGCCAGAAAAUUAUGAAAGGAGAAGGUUGCGACUCAGCCAUGCCUCAAGCGUCGCCUAAUGAGGAUGCGGCAGUAAUGACCGAGGUGAAGGUGAAGACGGAAGUGCCCGAUGACUAUGUUCAAGAGGUGGUCUGGCAGGAUGACACAAAAGAGCCGAAGAAGAAAGGCGGCGGGGUAGCCGAGGUGCCUGCAGAAAUUUGUGUGGUGAUUGGUGGGGUCCGCAACCAGCAGACUCUCGGUAAGCUAGGGUCGUAUGAGUGUGGAAUAUGUGGAAAGAAAUAUAAGUACUACAAUUGUUUCCAGACCCACGUUCGAGCACACAGAGACACAGAAGCGGCAUCAGGCGAAGGAGCCUCUCCUGGGAAUAACUUUAGGUACACGUGUGACAUUUGUGGGAAGAAGUACAAAUACUACAGUUGCUUCCAAGAGCACAGAGACCUGCAUGCAGUCGAUGACCCCUACGACCAAGCAAUGAUUGCCAAGGAGGAGGUGAAAGAAGAGGACCCUGAGCCCUUUCAGAAGAUUGGUCCAAGUACGAUUGACCAAGUUUGCAACUUAAAAACGGGCAAUUAUACCUGUGAAUUCUGUGGCAAGCAGUACAAGUACUACACGCCAUACCAGGAGCACGUGGCCCUUCAUGCACCAAUCAAGUACUCUCGAUCUCCACUCUUCGUGGCUGUGAAGACCCAGGCGAGCCAACCGGGCAAAAAAACACCGACGGCACCCAUAAUCCGGUGCUCCACCCUCCUCCACCGCACUCCCUCUGGUAUCCCACCGGCGGCGUCUCCGUCACAGACCUUCCGCGCUCCAAAUUCUGGAUCCCCAGGAAGCAAGGCCACCACAGCAGAAAGCGUUUUCAGUCGAAGAGUGGAAAGCAAGCUGCAAAACAACUUCGAAGAAACUAAUAGCAGUUCCCAGAACUCCAGUGAAACUGCCAGUCCUCUGGUUUCAAAUCCUUUACCACUUUUGCAAAAGCCAUACACCUGUGGGGCCUGUGGCAUCCAGUUCCAAUUCUACAACAAUCUCCUUGAACACAUGCAGUCUCACGCCACUGACAAUGAGAACAACAUUGCCUCAAACCAGCCCAGGUCACCUCCAGCUGUGGGGGAAGAAAAGUGGAAGCUGCAGCCACAGAGGAACAACUCCAACAACACUUCAGCUGGCAGUUCCCUCCUGAACAGCCCGAUCCCGGAGAAGGAACGACAGAACAUAGCGGAGCGGCUGCUGAGGGUGAUGUGCGCCGAUCUGGGGACGCUGAGCGUGGUCAGCGGCAAAGAGUUUGUCAAACUGGCGCAAAGUCUGGUGGACAACGGCGCUCGCUACGGCGCCUUCUCCGUUACGGAGAUCCUGGGCAACUUCAACACGCUAGCCCUCAAGCACUUGCCCCGGAUGUACAACCAGGUGAAAGUGAAGGUCACCUGCGCGCUGGGCAGCAACACCUGCUUGGGCAUCGGCGUCACCUGUCACUCGCAGAGCAUCGGCCCCGAUUCCUGCUACAUUCUGACCGCCUACCAGGCGGAAGGCAGCUGCAUCAAGAGUUAUGUCCUGGGGAUCAAAGGGGUGGACGUUCGCGAUAACGGGGAUUUGGUCCACCACUGGGUGCAAAACGUGCUGUCCGAGUUCGUUAUGUCCGAGAUCCGGACCGUCUACGUCACGGACUGCAAGGUGAGUUCCUCUGCGUUUUCCAAGGCGGGCAUGUGCUUGCGCUGCUCUGCGUGCGCUCUGACCUCCGUGGUGCAGAGCGUCCUUAACAAGCGCACCCUCCAAGCGCGCAACAUGCACGAGGUCAUUGAGCUGCUGAACGUCUGCGAAGACCUGGCGGGCUCUGCAGGGAUCUCCAAGGAGACCUUUGGCUCCCUGGAGGAGACCUCCCCUCCCCCCUGCUGGAACUCCAUCACGGACUCCCUGCUGCUCGUCCACGAACGCUACGAGCAGAUCUGCGAGUUUUACAGCCGGGCCAAGAAGCUAAACCUCAUCCAGAACCUCAACAAGCACCUGCUGAGCAACCUAGCGGCCAUCCUGGCUCCGGUGAAGCAAGCCGUCAUCGAGCUGAGCAACGAGAGCCGGCCAACGCUGCAGCUGGUGCUGCCCACCUACGUGAAACUGGAGAAACUCUUCACCUCAAAGGCCAACGACGCGGGCAUCGUCAGCAAGCUGUGCCACCUCUUCCUGGAAGCCCUGAAGGAGAACUUCAAGGUGCACUCGGCGCACAAGGUGGCCAUGAUCCUGGACCCUCAGCAGAAACUCCGGCCGGUGCCCCCUUACCAGCACGAAGAGAUCAUUGGCAAGGUGUGCGAGCUGAUCCACGAGGUGAAGGAAUCCUGGGCCGAGGAGCCCGAUUUCGAGCCCGCCUCCAAAAAAUCCCGGACUUCAAGCGAAAACUCUCCAACUCGGGAGGAAGACCGCUUGGGCAAAAGCGAGGUCUAUGAUUACUUGCAGGAGCCCAUUUUCCAGGCAGCCCCUGACCUCUUCCAGUACUGGUCCUGCGUGACGCAGAAACAUACCAAACUGGCCAGGCUGGCCUUCUGGCUCUUGUCGGUGCCCGCUGUGGGGGCCAGAAGCAACUGUGUCAACAUGUGCGAACAAGCCCUCCUGAUUAAGAGGCGGCGGCUGCUGAGUCCUGAGGAUAUGAACAAACUCAUGUUCUUGAAGUCCAACAUGCUUUAAAACUCGGAGGGCGGGGUGGGGGUGUGUGUGUGGGGGGUGACCUGGAGGGAGUGGCACCCUUCCAGAACGUGCCCCCACGACCACCACAUGCAAACACUGUUCCAAAUCCAGAAUCCACUGUGGACCUCAUUCGGAACGCCCCGGGAAAAGGGGGGGGGGAAAGUGCUUUUGAUACACAUAUUGAUACCUCUAUAUUGAUAUGGAUAUAAAAAGCUCCGUUGGGAAGGGAUGCACCCGUGCUAAAAACACACUCCUUCCUUUAGAUUUCUGUCUGAACUUGACAUCACCUCCUCAUGUCUUUCAAGAGGGCAGGCCAGUUACUCGGGGGUCUUUAGGCAGCUUCUAAAUUAACUUGAAUGGUCAUUUCGUAAUUCCUCUUUUUAGAAAUCACACACACACACACACAGCCCCAACCAGCCAACCUUCUCCUUUCCUGUUCUCUCUUUUUGAGCCCGGACAGCAGCCUUUGCUGACCUCUGCCAGGUUUUUUUUGGCCACACUGGAUGGCUCCUCCUGUGAGCUGUGUGUCCCACAAGAGGGGCAUUCAAAGGUUUCCCUCUUGGCAAACGUAAAACACACGUCAUGUUUGCAGGCAGCUAGAAACUUCCCAAGUCAGGAAUGGAGACUUGAAGAAUU